GAGAAGCUGCGCUAACCAAGCGGAGUUGUUUGCCCAGCAUUGUUUAAGAUUUGUUUAAAGACAAAAGGGAUGAAUUAACUGAAGUUUAGGAGAAACAUCCGACACCUCUGAACAUUUUAAUGCAAGAAUUACCUUGUGGUAAUUUUGAGGACCACAUGAGAAUGCAUACCAGAAAGCACCAAUACACAUGUUCUCAAUGUGGAAGGAGUUUCAAAACGAAAGGGAAUCUUAACGUGCACAUGAGACUUCACACUGGAGAUCAUCCAUACGCAUGUCUGCAGUGUGGAAAGAGUUUCAGACAAAAGUCAACGCUUGACAGGCACACAGUAAUUCACACUGGAAAGCGUCCAUAUUCAUGUCCUCAGUGUGGAAGGUGUUUCAAACGCAAAUCAACGCUUGAGGACCACAUGGGAAUUCACACUGAAGAGCGGCCAUACGCGUGUCUUGAGUGUGGAGAGAGUUUCAAACGCAAGUCAACGCUUGACAGGCACACGUUAAUUCACAAUGGAAAGCGUCCAUAUUCAUGUUCUCAGUGUGGAAGGUGUUUCAAACGCAAAUCAACGCUUGAGGACCACAUGGGAAUUCACACUGAAGAGCGGCCAUACGCGUGUCCUCAUUGCGGAAAGAGUUUUAAACGCGAAUCAACCGUUAGGAAUCACAUCAGAAUUCACACUGGAGAGCGCCCAUACACAUGUCCGCAAUGUGGAAAGAGUUUUAUACAGAAAUCUAGUUUUGAGGUCCACAUCAGAAUUCACACUGGAGAGCGCCCGUACUCAUGUGCUCAGUGUGGAAAGUCUUGCAGACAGAAAAGUCAUCUUGAGGAGCACAUGAGAAAACACUGAAGGCACAUGUGCUUUCAAAUGCAGUGCAUAUAAAAAUAUUCAUCUGGCUUCAUUUUUUUUCACAUUUUGUGAUGUUGCUGCCUUAUGUUGCACCAUGAAGACAAAGUAAAAUAAUUAACUUGUGAAACCAAAAUAAGAACACAGCAUAGGUUUUCAAAACCUUACCCCAGUUCUUGGUUACAGCACCUUUACAGCCUCAAGUCUUUUUGUGUAUGAACUGACAAUCAUGGAUUGGCUAUUUUUCUGCCAUACUUCUCCUCAGAUCCUUUCAAACACUUUCUGGUUGAAUGGGGACUACCAGUAGACAGACAUUCUCAGGUUUCUACAGAGAUGUUAAAUUGCUUUCAAUCUCUGGCUAAACCACUCAUAGACAGAGUUGCCAAUCUUGCAUUGUUUUAGCUAUGUGCUUAAGAUCAUUGUCCUGUUGGAGAAGAAACCUUCUGCCCACUCUGAGGUUCUGAAUGUUCUGGACUAAGUUUUCUGUGACUAAGUCAACUCUGUAAAUCCCCAAGUCCCUGCUGCUGAAAAACGCCCACAUCAUGAUGCUGUUUCCACCACACAUUAUUGAUGGGAUGGUAUUGUGCAGGGGAUGACCAGUGCCUGGUUUCCUCCAGACACGAUGGUUGAAACUGAGAUUCAUCAGAGCAGAGAAUCUUGUUUCUCACAGUGAACGAUUCUUAAAAAAUAAUUUUGUGCAAAUUUCAAGUUAUCAUGUGUCUGCUUUGUCAUUGUGGUGUAUGGAGUGUAGAAUAAUAAAAAAAGUUCUGUGUUUUUUGGUA